AUGGUACGCCAGGAAGAACAGGUGUCUGUGAAAGAGACAGACAGCCCAGAGACAGGGCAGGACAAUGUCAACAGACUGCCCAUGAACCUUCCUAGAGCAGCUAUCCAGGCAGGUACCCCUUACCAGUUCUGUAAGCAUUCAUUAUCUUCUCAAGUUCCUCAGUUACAAGGACUUAAACGGUUUUCAACACUCUCUCCAAAAAAUUCAUUUACUGAUUUGGAAAACUUUAGCUUUCCAUUGUUAAAUGUGAGUAAUGACAACUAUCAAGAUAAACUUUGCAGUUCUCAACUAACUCUAUCAAGCACCACUAGCUUACAUCUUAGGUACCUACAGUCGAUUGAAAAGAAAAAGGCACUGAGUAGAGCAACUGCCUCUUCUGAAAUGAACUCAGCAAGAAUGACACAGAUAGAAGAGAAACCCUGCAACACAUGGAGAAAUAUGAUAAAAUCCAACACACAGAAGAAGAAAGUGCCAAUUGGAAGUGUACCUCAUUUUCUUCCAGACCCAGUACCUGUGAGGAAAAAAAUAGACCCUGUCAAUCCUACAUACACCAUCCAAAAGGCAAGAGUUGUCAACAGUAUUAACACACGGCUAUAUAGAGAGAGGGUGAUUCACUUACUGGCACUGAAAGAUUAUAAGAAAUCUGAACUUCUUAUUAAACUGCAAAAAGAUGAUAGCAAGUUAAAUGAUAGCAACCUUCUUGGAAAAAUUCUGCUUCAAGUUGCCAAUUUGAAUGCCACUACUUUGUCAUAUAGUUUAAAAAAUUGUAUGUUCAAAGAAGUCCAAAGGGACUGGCCUGGGUAUAAUGAACAAGACAAGCACACAUUGGACUUAAUGCUUUCUCAAAAACUGGGUAAAUCAUAUAAUGCUACUAAAGAUAUUAAUCACUUAGAAUCACCUGUAGUUCCUAGUGCAGAUAAUAAAUUAUCUACAAAGGACCAUACUUGCCAUUUUCCUGGUACUGAUUAUUUAAUGAAGAACAAAAGUGGCUUAUGUCCUCUAAAAUCUGCCAUGAAGUCAACAUCAGAAAGUCAACUGAGCAGCAGCAAAAGCGAGAAACCUGCAAUUCUACCAUCUUCUUCAGUUAUUGGCAAGUCAGUUCCUCCAUCAUUGCCAACAAGUGAUGUGUGUAUUUCAAAUCCAUCUCUGCUAAUGAAAUCCAACCAUAAUAUUUACAGUGCUCCAGAAAAACCUGGUACUCAACCACUAUAUGAAAGUAUCGACAAUGAUGAUAGCAUCUUUGAUGGACAACCAAAUAAAUACAUUUCUCUGGAAGCUCCAAGUUUAAUUUCACAUCAAACAAAGUAUUGCAAGCCAAUGGAGAGUCAAUAUGUGAUGACCGAGAAGUUCCCAUGUGCAUUUACAAAAGGUAAAAUGAUGUCCCUAAACUACAAGACAAACAUGAUGGAAAAGCAAAAGCUUGACUCUAAAAAACAAGAAGAGGGUACAAAACUGAACCCCAGCAAACUUCAGAAAUCAUUUUCUGUCUCUGGGAAGACCAAUUUUCCAACCGUGUCUCCAGAUUGUUUUGCUAACUAUUUCACUAUAGUGUCCUCUGAGCAACGGCAGCGUUAUGAGAGGGACUUCAAAAUAGAUUACAAUGAAUAUAAGGGCAUAUGUGACAAAAUACAGUUUUCCUGUAAAGAAAUUACUAAGCUAGAUACAGAGAGGAAGACUUUGUCUCCAAACUCUAAAAACUACCAAGACAUUACUAAAAAGAUUUCAGUUGAAUAUCAGAAAAUGAGGCAGAUUAAUCCCAAUUUUUCUGCAGAAAAAAGAAGAUGUGCAUAUCUUUACAACAAGUUGAGUCACAUUAGAAAGUUAAUAAAUGAUUUUGAUGAAAAGCAGCAAGUAAAGUCAAAACAGUAG